CACAGGAACGAUGAAGUGCCAUUAAUUGCCCUCCAGGUAAUCAGCUGGCUACGAAGGCUCACGUGGUACGUGGUCACUGAGCAAGUGAGGUAACUCGCAUGAGCUGAGUGGUUUUUGGGGCUGUUUGUUCUCGCUGGUUGUCUUGCGGUCAUGGCGUUCAUACUCUGCGCUGUCUGCAUACUGGCUGCUUCUCUUCAUGACUGUGAGGGGGACCUGCGCUUUGCCUCCUACUAUGGGGACCACAUGGUUCUGCAGAAGUCUCCAGAGAGCGCUGUGCUGUGGGGCUACGGCCCUGAGGGGACUCAGGUGACCAUCACCCUGUCAGGACCAUCAAAACAGAAAACCUCACCAGUCACUGUGACAAAAGGUAUCUGGCGCGUCACCCUUGACCCUGUAGAAGCCGGUGGUCCCUACAAUGUGACGGCUGCUAAUCAGAGCAGCACAGCCACUCUGACAGAUGUGCUGUUUGGAGAUAUUUGGCUGUGUGGAGGGCAGAGCAACAUGUGGUUACAAAUGUAUAAGAUUUUCAAUGCAUCACAGGAGCUGUACCUUGCGGGAAAGUAUCCUUAUGUGAGGACUUUCAUGGCAUCCUUGCAACAGAGUGAAAUUGAGCAGACUGAUUUGAUUCAAGUGGAACUUCCCUGGUCUGUGCCGCCAACGAAUACGAUUGAGUUCUCCGCAGUGUGCUGGCUCUUUGGGCGCUACCUGUAUGACACGCUGCAGUACCCCAUAGGACUGGUGGAGUCCUGUUGGGGGGGCACACCUAUCGAAGUCUGGUCAUCUCCGAAAGCCCUGCAGCAGUGUGGACUUCAGCAAACUAACAGCGGCCCUAAAGAGUAUUCGGUCUUGUGGAAUGCAAUGAUUCACCCGCUGCUCAACAUGACCAUCAAAGGAGCCAUCUGGUACCAAGGCGAGGCGAACACAGACUAUAAUCAAGAGAAGUACAGCUGUUCCUUCCCUGCUAUGAUUGAUGACUGGAGGAUGGCGUUUCACCAGGGCUCGGGGGGGCAGACGGCUCUCGACUUCCCCUUUGGAUUUGUCCAGCUGUCAACCGACGAAAAAGGCUCUCAGACGGACGCUUUUCCCAACAUCCGCUGGCACCAGACGGCAGACAUUGGCUACGUCCCGAAUUUACGGAUGCAGAGAACCUUCAUGGCCGUGGCUCUGGAUUUACCAGAUGAAACAUCACCCUAUGGCACGAUCCAUCCAAGAGACAAGCAGGAUGUAGCCUACAGACUGUCACUGGGAGCAAGGGCAGUGGCUUAUAAUGACAAUGAAGUCUCCUUCCAAGGACCUUUCCCCGAGGAAAUCCAUUUAUUUCCGAUGUCUCUCAACAUUACCUACGACCAGGGAGUCUCUGUCACACCAUCUAAAGACAUCUUUGAGAUCUGCUGCACUGAGAUUCAGACUCCAUGUGGGCCUGAGUCUCCCUGGGUUCCAGCUCCCAUCGUGCACUGGGGUCCGACCACCGUCCAGUUAUCCACCAUUCUGUGUCCGCCUACUGAGAAAGUAGCUGCCCUUCGAUACGCAUGGAGAGACUGGCCCUGUGGCUUUAAAGCCUGUGCGAUCUACAGCACCAGCGGGGUUUUACCUGCGCAUCCUUUUAUUGCCAACUGCCCUCCAGCCCAAGGAUACCAGCAACUGUAAGAAGACGAAGUGAUGGG